CUACUGCACAACCACAUCCACAAUGGCGUCGAAAUCUUUGUCGCGGGGUCUACAGACUCUGCGAUCGUCCUUCAGGACGUCCAGAGAUCCUCUUACACAAUGCCUCGCACCAGCGUUAACACGGUCAAUGGCCACGGAAACGACCUUCCAAUCCGGAAUCUCUCGCAAUACCGAACAGACGUUUGAUUCCUCUGCCUCCGGAACAUCUCCAUUCGCCUCCGACGUCCUAACCACCAUCUACAACUUCCCAACCAUGGAGCCCCUCCGCUUCGAAUCCUACCCAGCAAACCACCUCCACCUGCCCCUGCGCAAAGACAUCCUCCACCGCGCCGUGGUCUUCGAAGGCGACGCCACGCGCCAGGGCACCGCAUCCACCAAAACGCGCUGGGAAAUCCACGGUUCCCACCGCAAGAUCCGUCCCCAAAAGGGCUCCGGCAGAGCCCGUCUCGGUACGAGACAAUCGCCCAUGCUCAAAGGCGGUUCUAAAGUCUUCGGUCCGCGCCCUCGCGACUUCUCGACCGAGCUACCGCGCAAGAUGUACGAUCUGGCCUGGCGCACGGCGCUCUCCUACCGGUACCGUCGUGGACAGCUGAUUAUCUGCGAGGAUGGGUUUGAUCUCGAGUACGCGCGUGCGAGCUACUUGAAGAAGGUGUUUGCGCAUAAUGGGUUUGGAGCUGCGGAGGGGAGGAGCUUAGUCGUUACCACGGAGGAGAGGGAGAACUUAUUCUGGGCGUUUGAGCAUGCGGGGGAGGAGGGCGCGGCGCUGUUGGAUGUCGAGGUUGAUGUCAAGGAUUUGUUGGAGAUGGGGAGGGUUAUUAUUGAGAAGUCGGCGCUGGAUAACUUGUUGAGGGAUCACCAGAGUGAUUUGGUUGGGAAGCCCCAGUCGGCUGCUUAGAGCCGGGGUGUAGUAUUUGUGUAUAGAUAUGUAUUUUAUUUAUAGAAAGUCAUUGGAAUGUAUUUGAGAUACUUUGGA